AUGUAUGCUGGUUUAUUUCUAUUGGCAUUUAUUAUUCGUGCAAAUAAUGCUUUUUUGUGUCCAAGUUCAAAUGGCACCUAUGUAAAUCCCGAUGAUUAUCGAUCUUAUUAUGUUUGUUCAAACUACUGCUAUAGGAUUGAAUAUUGUGUAUCACCAACAAUUUAUUUCACACGAACUAAUCAAUCAUGUGUUCCAGAGCCACCAAAUUGGCAAACACGUUAUGAUUUAUCAGGUCAAUUUACGUCUACUGAAAAUGCCGAUGUAUUUAUUCAACAACAAGGAUACAGUUUAUCUAUUUCACAUGAGACAAGUACAACACAUAAUACAGUUAUUGCACGGUAUAUUAAUGAAACACAUGCGAUUGGAAUUCAAACAGUACAUCGAUUAUUAAAUCAUUGUAUUACGGUAUUCGAUGCUCGUGUUGUAGCAAACGGUAAUAGAGAAUAUUGUUACUACGAAACUUUUCAUCCACUUAGUUCAAUAUGUGAUUUUCCUGAAAAUUAUUCAGGAAAUUAUUUUUUAUUAUGUUUUAUUAUUAGAACAAAUGCUUUUGAUUGUCCAAAUUCUACUGGUAUCUAUACAAAUCCUGAUGAUUAUCGAUCAUUCUAUGUUUGUGAUAAGUCUUGUCCUCGUCUCGAAUAUUGCAAAUCACCAAAUCUUUAUUUUUCAAGCAAUAAUCAAAAUUGUUCUGUCGAAUCAAACAACUGGAUACCUCGUUAUUAUCUGACUGGUACUGUACAACCAUUAGAUGAAUCUGGAUGUCAAGUUCAUAUUCGACAAGAUGGUUACCAACUUUUUGUAACAUGCGAUAAUAGCACGAUAUCAGAGACAUAUACUGGACGAUACAUCAAUGAAACAUAUGUACAAGAGACUGGAUUUUUGCCUGGUAUCAAUGAUCUUCAAUCAGGAUACGAUGGAGUUAAAAUGCUUUCAGCAAUUGAACAACGUUCAAGAUUUCGUAUAUUUGAUUUAAAUGAAAAAAGUAAUACUUCAUUUAUACUUAAAGCAUUGAAUCAAGAAUAUCAAUAUACUAUACCUUUAUUUGUACAAGUGAAAGAUAUAAGUACUCGUAAAGAAAAUAAGUGUCAAUCAAUAUCUUAUACUUUUCCAGAAUUUUAUAAAAGUUAUUUUCAGACAAAUACAUUUGAUGUUGGAAUUCCAGAACUGAAUAGUCCAUCAUUCAGUGUUGAAUAUCAUGAAAUGUUAAAACGGGUCUUUGAAGCAAUAACUAAAUAUUCACAAGCUGUUGGAACAUCAACAAUUUCGUGGAAUCAUUAUUCGCUUCAACUUGCAUCAUUUGAUCCAAUGUUUAACGCCAGUGUUAAUCUAUUGAUUUCUCAAGCUGCUAAUCCAAAUUCUGAAGUUCAUCAACAAUUAUAUAAUGAUUUUAUUCAAAAUUAUGGAACUUAUUAUGUAUCUAAUGUGAUUGUAGGUGGUAUAGCUCAUUUAUAUACAUUUGUUAGAGAAAGUUAUCAUAAAAAUGCAACAUUUGAAGAAAUGACUCAACAAAUUUCGCUUACAGCAAAACAUGAAGAAUUUACCUUUCACACUGAAAGUCAAACUGAAGAAAUAUAUGAAAAAGUUACCGAAAAAUUCAAGAAAAAUUCUUAUACAAUAUCUACUUUUCAACCAUCCCUAGUCACUGUUAAUAAUCAAUCGAUGUUACAAACAUGGAUAAAUAAUGCAGGUGAAAAAUCUAUUAUUAUCAAUCGUACUCUAUCUCAUAUUGCUGAUCUUAUCAGCAGUAACAACCAAGUACAAGAACAUCUUCGUCGAACUAUUGAUUUUUAUCUUAAUAAUGGUUUUCUACCAACAUUAGCUCAACUUAAUUCGCGAAAAAAAAUAACACGAUUUUAUUCAUCAGCACCCAGAUCAAUUAGACCUAUAUUUGGUCUUGAUGUGGUCGGAUGUGGAUAUGAUUUGCUUACGCUACAAAGUCGUUUCUGCAUUUUAGAUAUAUCCAAUUCAAGUCAGAAUGAACUUUGGACAGAUCCGUAUAAUCAAAGUCUUUCUUAUUCAUUACCAAAUGGAUUUUUUGCUACGAAUACACCAGAAUCAUUAGCUAUGGACGCAACAGUGACAGUAACAUCUGUAGAAGAUUAUUAUCGAUAUAUGACGCGAGCUGAAGUAUGGGAACAACACGGUUUUCUGAGUCGAAAACGUGUUGAAAGAAGUACAAGAGAGUUAUAUCGACGGUUCUAUCAAGAUUAUUACAAUUUAGCAUUACGUUUAAAACAAAUUGGUUGGUAUACACUCUCUGUAUCAAUUUUUCCCUAUCCAAAAUUAAAUCCUCUUGCUACAACAUUAUUUGCUAGUCUUCCUUUGGCGUUUGAUUCAAAGAAUAUUAGUGUUUGGGAAACGUUUAUUACUUCUUUUGGGACACAUGUAGUCGUUGCAUCACAAAUGGGAGGUCAAGUUUGGGCAGAAACUUGGUUUGACAAAUGUUUAACAUAUGAACAAACAGAAACGUGGAUUACUGAACAAGUUACAGGAAGUUUUCUUGAUUUUGUUGACGACGCUUCUACAACUCAAGAACAUCAGCGUAAAGUGGAUGAACGUUUUAAACAAUUUUCUAGUUACUCAUCACAAUUACUUGGUGGAACAGAAUCUAUUGAACCUGAAAAAUGGGAAGAAUGGGCUCCAACAGUCAAAAAUAAUCCAAAACCAAUAUCUUAUCGACUUGUUCCACUAUAUGAAUUACUACCAGAAGGCAACCAAAGAUCAGCACUUCAAGCAGCUAUUGAAUAUAUUAGUGAAAAAGCAGAACUUGAAAACGAAAAAUAUAUUAAUCAACUUGAAUCAGUUCGAGGUCCACCACCCACUAAAUGUAGCCGUAAUCGAGUUCGACGAGAAGUCUCUAACGCGACAAAUUUAUCACAAAAUAAUGAUGCAGAUAUUCGAGAAGCUCUUUGUCCAUAUGUCGGAUACAACGGAUCAAUAUGUGCAGGUGCAACAGGCAAAGCAAAUUUCAUACCUGUCUAUCGACGUCUACCUGUUGGUGUUGGUAUGACUAUUGAUAUUAUAAAAGGUACUUUACUUCUGCCUCCUAUUGAUUUUACUCAUGAUAAUACUACAUAUUGGCAAGAUCCUUUAACUAAUGAAAUAUAUUGGUAUCCAAGAGAAAUAUCUGUUUUACCAGUAGAGCAAAAUGCCAAUGAACCUGUCGCUCGUACUUUUCUUACUGCUAGUGAACUUGAAAAUCAUUGGAAAUAUGGACAAACAAGAGGCGAUUGGUUAGGUGGUGAAUUAGGUCAUUCAAAAUCUAUUUUAGAUAUUCAAGCACGUUUUUUUGCUGAUAAUCAAGCUAUUGCAAUUACACAAAAACCAUAUGCUUUAUAUCGACUAAAAGUUGAAGUAUUGAAAUUAAACGUCUAUGCAAAAAAUGCCGUUGAUGCAUUACCAAAAGUUUAUAAUGAAACGAUAUAUGAGAGUUUUCUUCAAAAUUGGGGUACGCAUAUCGUAUUGAAAUCCCUUGUCGGAGGUAUGCAUGAACAACAAGUUUUAUUUAAAGAUUGUGUCUUUUCUUUUAAUGGUGCUAUAACACCUGAAAAUCUUGAUCAAUAUCUUAAACAAGAUAUUCUUGCUGAAACUUUAGGAAAUAGUUUUUAUGCUGAACGUCGUAAAAUAUCUAUCGAUCAUAAACUUGGUGGUAAUCCGUCUUUAUCUAAUGUUACAGCAUGGCAAUCUAGUUUAGGUGCCAAUCCUGCUCUAUUAAAAAUUGAACAAUUUACUCCUUGGUAUGAAAUUGUAGAAGAUCCCGAUGUCAAAGCAAAUCUCAUACGUAUUAUUAAAAAUCGAACAGAUACAUACGAACAAACACGUAUUCAAGAAGAAACACAAAUUAUGAAACAACGUGCUAAUGCACAUAUUUUAUCUUUACAAGCUUCAGUUGGUUUUUUGAAUGGUGAUACAUGUGAGACCACUACACCGGUAACAUUGGGUUCUGUAGCCAAGUGUUCCGGUGAAUGUUCUACAGGAUUAAAACUUCGAUCACUAUCCGGUGGUCGUUAUGAUCGUCCUCUAUUGUAUGUUCGUGACCCAGCUACAGGUUUUGUGCAAGCACGAGUUCGAUUCCAAAAUGUAUCUCAUCCAUCACAUUCUAAAGGACCUAGUGAAGAUAAUAAUGGUGAUAGUUCUUCUUUAAAGCCGUGUCCUGAUAAUGUCAAUUGUCUUCUUCAGUAUACAACCGAUGGAUCAGAAACAAGACACAAUUCAAAAUUUUCACAUCCAUGUCGUUUUUCUGAACUUUGUCGAAACAAAGAACCUCAUCUUACUCAUGACAUUCAUCCAUCUCCUUUAUGUAGUUAUGAUAAAAACUGUAAUAAAUUAACUGAUCCUAUCCAUCGGGCUGAAUAUCGUCACACAAAUCUACCUGAUUUUCUUGUACCGUGUCGUCUUCAGAAGAAAUGUACAGAUAAAUCGAAUGAACAUCGAAUAAAAUAUUCUCAUGGAGAAAAAGUUUUUGGAAAAAUACCAAUAUCAACAUCAGAAGAAGCAAAGUCGACUUCACAAGAUAAACAUGUCGAUCAUCGUAUGCCUUGUAGAUAUGGGUUAAAAUGCAAAACAAUUGAUGAUCCAGUUCAUCGAGCAAAAUAUUCUCAUUCAAAAUCUAAAUAA